AUGGAAGCUAUCCAGGACAAGGGAAUGGCGGAGCAAGUCGAGUAUACAGAGCACCAAGAGAAGCAACACGUUGUCACCGACUUCAAACAUGAAAAGUCUCCGCGCGAGAAGCGAUUGCUGCUGAAGCAAGACCUGGCCAUUGUGCCUUUGCUGGCUGGGUGCUUCUUUUUUGCCUAUCUGGACCGAACGCAGAUUGGAAAUGCUAAAGUCAUGGGAAUGGAUGCAGAUCUCAAUAUGUCAAGCAGCCAAUACUACAACUGCCUAAUGAUGUUCUUCGUCGGCUACAUGGUAUUUGAACUCCCAGCGGCAUUGACCCUGCGGUACAUUCCAGCGCCCGUGGUAUUUGGCUCUUCCGUCGUAAUUUUCGGCGUGAUAGCUUGCUGUAUUGCUGCUUGCCAUUCUUAUGCGCCGAUUAUGGUUCUUCGACUUCUCACAGGGGCAUUUGAGGCAGUAGUUCAGACAGGCAAUCUCUAUCUGGCACAGUGGUACUAUCCCAACGAGGUGGGAACUAGAGCAGAAGAGGAGCGGGAAAUGAUUUUUCAAAGAACCAAGAUCGCUCGAAAUGUGCCAGACUCGAGGCCGAAAUCUGUUCAAAUCCUGCUUGCUAUCAAAGAUCCCAAGUCUUGGCUGCAGGCAAUGGCCGUUGCAGCAGUAUGCUUAAAUGUGGCUGCUUUUGGAGUUUUUCUCCCAACUUUCAUAAGUCUCUUCGGCUUCUCACCGCUCAUGACUCAACUAUAUACCAUGAUCCCCUAUGCAUUUGGCAUCGUCACUCUUCCGAUUGGGAACAUUCUGGCAGAUCGCUUCGACAAAAAGGGAAUCCCAAUUUUAGUUUGCCUUUCUGUUUGCCUGAUCGGGUAUAUUCUCCUUCUUACGAGUACCAGUCAAACUGUCCUCGUAGUGGGAUGCUGCUUUGUCUCAGCUGGUGCUUAUCCCGCGGUCGUUCUAUCUAGCGCCUGGGUCUUGAUCUCACACGCUGGUUUUACCAAGAGAGCCACUUCCUGGGCAAUGGCACAGAUCUUUAUUCAGUGCUACAGCAUCAUCAGCACGCAGGUCUAUGUUGAUCCACCGCGCUUUUUUGAGGGACAUGGGACACUACUUGGAUUGAACGCUCUCGGUGUAGUUGCUGUCCUUGCCACUAUGUGGAUCUUCGACGGAGAGAAUAAACGCCGGGAUGCUGUGGCUGCCGAGUUUGCUGCGAGGGGAGAGGUCAAUCCUGAUAGCCUUAAGGAUUAUGAGGAGCUUUGUGAUCAGCAUCCCGAUUUCAGAUACACGUUGUAG